AGGUUUCGACUUUCUUCUUCAAAAGUCAACGAACUAAUAAAAAUCCCGACAAAGAUCUUUCCCUUUUUACUUCCAACUUCGUUGUAAUUUUCAGAAGAACUCUCAGCUUCAUCGAUUCGCUGAGACUUGAGAGGAUGCAGUAAAGAGAAUCUCGUCCCAGUCACCAGAAACAAAAAAAAAUAGGACUCUAUGGCUGCUGCUGAUACAACAGCAUUAAGUUACUGGCUGAACUGGAGGGUCUUCCUCUGUGCAUUAAUCAUCUUAGCUCCGUUAGUAUUAGCAUCAAUCCUGAUCCGGAGAUACGAAGGCAAGAGAAGAGAAGGAGUAUCCCCAGGGACAUUGUUCAAACACGAAGCUUGGAGCACGUGUCUUAAAACAGUCCACCCUCGCUGGUUGCUUGCCUUUAGAGUAUUCUCGUUUGUCGCAAUGCUGUCUCUGCUCAUCGCCAAUGUUGUUAUCCAUGGAGGCGGCGUGUUUUACUUCUAUACUCGGUGGACGUUUACUCUCGUCACACUCUACUUUGGGUAUGGUUCGUUGUUAUCUAUUUACGGAUGCUGCAUCUACAAUAAAGAAGAGAGUUGUACUUAUACAAGCAUAGGUGAUGCGGAAGAAGGCACUUAUAGACCACCGUUCAUCCUUGAAGAGGCAGCAAACACCUCAAAACCUUGUGGUACACCAGCUGGUUUUGGGGUUUACAUCUUUCAAGUCCUGUUCCAAACUUGUGCAGGUGCUGUUGUGCUAACGGAUAUCGUGUUUUGGGGAUUAAUCUACCCGUUUACUAAAGGUUACAGACUGAGUUUUCUCCAUGUUUGUAUGCAUUCUCUCAACGCAGUUUUUCUCCUCGGUGACACAUGUCUCAAUUCUUUGCGAUUCCCGCUGUUUAGGAUCUCUUACUUUGCAUUCUGGAGCUGCAUUUUCGUGGCUUACCAAUGGAUUAUCCAUGCUUUCAAGAACUUAUGGUGGCCAUACCAAUUUCUUGAUCUGUCGUCACCCUAUGCACCCUUAUGGUACUUGGGAGUGGCAUUGGUGCAUAUACCGUGCUUCGCCGUCUUUGCUUUGAUCGUAAAGAUGAAGAAUUCUUUGCUAGAGCGUCACAGCUCGUGAUAGGUUUGGGUUCCCUCUUCUAUCUGUUGAGACACAUGAGGAUUCCAUGGUCUUAUAAGCACAAAGUCAUAGAAACUCAAACCCUCUUUGUGGAUAAUAGGCUUUAACCAGAAGAUAAAGUAUUCAAGUUUUCAACAAGAGUCCAAAGGUUCAUUGAGAUCUUGACGUCUUGUUUAUUUAAACAUGUUACUCUUGGUUGUAGUACCCUUGUUGUAAAAAUGCUUCACAAAACUAAUAAUAAUAGUCCUGAAAACUAAUUUGGUUAA